AUGCCUACAGACCUCACACAACUAGCAUAUGCUUUAGAUCUUCAGGCUCGUCGCAUAUUCUUGGAGUUUAAGCAGUGGGCUUUCGAAUACUACAUUUCAGCCCAAAAUGCUCCAUGGGGCUACCUAGCCUUGGUCAGGGACGCAAUCGUGGCAUAUACGGUAUUCCUGACUAUCCAUACCCUUUUCCGCCAGCUUUACGGCGUGGGAAUUGUUGGUAGUAUUCAACAAGUUGUGCAAUGGAUAGUCAAGAAGACCUUUGGGUUAAUCAUGGCUCUUCCUCCUAUUCGGAACAAGGUGAAGAAAGAAUUGGAUUCUACAGUUGAUAAAAUCGAGCAUCUGAUUAUCAGGAACGACGCAGCCUUGCUCCAAUUCCCCACAUUACCACCUUCAGGUAUUUCUAGCGAUGUCAUUGUGACAGAAAUUGAGAAGCUGCAACAACUUUUGGCGCACAACGACUGGAAGAACGGAAGAGUCAGCGGUGCCGUCUACCACGGUGGCGAUGAGCUUUUGGAAUUGCAGCUGAAGGCCUUCAACAUGUACAGUGUGGCCAAUCAGCUCCAUCCAGAUGUGUUCCCGGGAGUCCGGAAGAUGGAAGCCGAAGUGGUAGCAAUGGUGUUAAAAUUGUUCAACGCACCGGAUCUGGGUUGCGGAUCCACUACAUCCGGAGGCACUGAGUCGCUCUUGUUGGCUGGAUUGGCGGCCAGGGAGUAUGCCAGAAAGUACCGAGGAAUCUCAGAUCCUGAGGUGAUUGCCCCGAUGACAGUUCAUGCGGGAAUUGAAAAGGCAUGCACCUAUUUCAAAAUGAAGCUUCAUAAGGUGGACUUGGAUCCCAAAACUUUCCAAGUGGAUGUGAAAAAAGUGAAGAGAUUAAUCAAUAGCAACACGGUGCUUAUUGUGGGUUCUGCUCCAAACUAUCCACAUGGAAUCAUUGACGACAUCGAGGCUUUAUCUGCGUUGGCUGUCAAAUAUAAGAUCCCCUUGCAUGUGGAUGCAUGUCUUGGAUCGUUCAUCGUGUCAUUUUUGGAAAAGAGUAAGGUUCAUGGGGAUAAAGACAUUCCAUUGUUUGAUUUCCGUGCGCCUGGUGUGACUUCCAUCUCUUGCGAUACUCAUAAAUAUGGCUUCGCUCCUAAAGGUUCCUCCAUAAUCAUGUACAGAGAGCCCGAACUCAGACGAUGCCAAUACUACAUUCUGAGCGAUUGGACAGGUGGAAUGUAUGGCUCGCCAACUUUGGCAGGCUCAAGGCCUGGUGCAUUGAUGGUAGGCUGCUGGGCCACUUUGUUGAACUUCGGAGAGUCUGGUUACAGCAAGUCAUGUUACGAUAUUGUUAGUGCUACUUCAAGGGCCAGAAAGGCAAUCGAAACGCAUCCAUUGCUUUCGAAACACUUAGAGAUUCUUGGUGACCCUAUUGCGUCGGUGAUCGCAUUCCGCACCCGGAAAUCGAGUAACCUCAAUAUCUACGAAGUUGGGGAUGCCAUGACUAAGCGGGGCUGGCAUUUGGCCACGUUGCAGAGACCUGCUGCGUUGCACUUCGCCUUUACAAGACUCACGGUGCCUGUUGUGGACGAUAUGAUUGAAGAUUUGAUUGAAAUAGUUGACGACCAAAAGGACAAUGUUGAAAAACCAAAAAGCGACACAGCAGCAUUGUACGGUGUUGCAGGCAGUGUUUCAACAGCUGGCGUGGCUGACGAAAUCAUUGCCGCUUUCCUCAAUUCCUUGUACAAGCUUUGA